ACAGCUCUCUCUCAAUCGCUCCCUGAGGCAGAGCUGUCCCUACGGAAGACAGCCAGAAUAAUACGGGAGCUCCUCAACAUUUUCGUUCCAUGUUGAUUCCUUCCUUCUAACCGAUCAUACCUGUACAUGUAACCGGCCGGAGUUUCGUGUCCAAAGGCGCCUCCAUCUGGUGAGGCCAUCUGCACCUCACGGCGCCUAAUUGGACUGUAUAAUAACGGAGUUGCAGAGAGUCAAUCCCCGAUGGAGGAGGGCUUCGCUCCGCCCGCGCGCCAGUCGCCGAUCAAAUGCCCCACCGCCGCCGAGGACGUGGAGCAGCUGCCCACCCCGACGGUGUCGUCCGAGGAGUUCCUCCAGUUCAAGAGGAAAGCCACCACGAUCGUGGAGGAGUACUUCUCCACGGACGACGUGGCCGCGACGGCGACCGAGCUGAGGGAGCUGCGCGUGCCCUGCUACCACUACUACUUCGUCAAGAAGGUCGUCUCGGUGGCCAUGGACCGGCACGACAGGGAGAAGGAGAUGGCGGCCGUACUCCUCUCCUCGCUCUACGGCGACGUCAUCGACCGCCCGCAGGUGUAUAAGGGCUUCUGCAAGCUCGCCGAGUCCUGCGACGACCUCUCCGUCGACACGCCCGACGCCGUCGACAUCCUCGCCGUCUUCGUCGCCCGUGCCAUCGUCGACGACAUACUGCCCCCGGCGUUCCUGGCGAAGCAGCUGCCGUGCCUGCCCGACGGCUGCAAGGGCGCCGAGGUCAUCCGCAGGGCGGAGAAGAGCUACCUGUCCGUGCCGCACCACGGGGAGAUCAUCCUGCAGAGAUGGGGCGGCAUCAAGAGCAUCACCGUGGAGGAGGCCAAGGCCAGGAUCGCCGACAUCCUGGAGGAGUAUCUCGCUGCCGGCGACACGGCCGAGGCCUUCCGGUGCAUCAGGGAACUCAACAUCCCCUUCUUCCACCACGACGUCGUCAAGCGGGCGCUCGUUCUCGCCAUCGAGCGCGGCGGUGCGGCCGAGGGCCACAUCCUGGAUCUCCUCAAGUCGGCGUCGGACCAAGGUGUCAUCAACGAGAGUCAGAUCAUCAAAGGCUUCAACCGUAUGAUCGACUCCGUUGACGACUUGACGCUCGACGUGCCAAACGCGAGGUGUCUCCUGAAAUCCAUAAUCCUCAAGGCUUCGUCGGAGGGCUGGCUGUGUGCGUCGUCCCUGAAACCGUUGGGGUCGGAGCCGAAGAAGGUCGUCGAGGAUGACCCGGCUGUCAAGAGGUUCAAGGCGAAGGCCGUGGCGAGCAUACAUGAGUACUUCUUGACAGGGGACAUCAUCGAGUCGGUGAGCCGGCUGGAGGCCGAGAACAGCUCGUGCUCCUGCUUUUUCAACGCCAUCUUCGUCAAGAAGCUCAUCAGCUUCGCCAUGGACCGGAAGAACCGCGAGAAAGAGAUGGCAUCCGUGCUGCUGUCCUCGAUCUGCAUGCCGCCGGAGCACGUAGUCGCAGGGUUCCACCUCCUGGUCGACUGCGCCGAGGACGCCGCGCUGGACAACCCCGCCAUCGUCGAGGAUCUGACCAUGUUCUUUGCCAGGUCAGUGGUCGACGAGGUUAUAGCGCCAUCGGACUUGGAGGCGGUGGAGGAGGAGGCCGGCCGCCGCAAGGCCGCUGGCUCCCCCGGGAUGUUGGCUGUGCGCAACGCCCACGCUAUGCUCGGAGCAAAGCUCUCCGCGGAGCGGAUCCUGCGGUGCUGGGGCGGCGGUGGCACCGGCAAGGCCGGCUGGGAGCUGAACGAGGUGAAGGACAAGAUCGGCAAGCUGCUGCAGGAGUACGACAGCGGCGGCGGCGUCCGGGAGGCGUGCCGGUGCAUCAAGGAGCUCGGGAUGCCAUUCUUCCACCACGAGGUGGUGAAGAAGGCGCUGGUGGCGAUCAUCGAGAAGCGGGGCAAGGACGAGCGCCUCUGGGGGCUGCUCAGCGAGUGCUACGGCCGCGGCCUGAUCACGCCGAACCAGAUGACCAAGGGCUUCCAGAGGGUUGCCGACUGCGUCGACGACCUCGUGCUCGACGUGCCGGACGCCGGCGAGCAGCUCGGCCGCUACGUUGAGCGCGCCAAGAAGGGGGGAUGGCUGGACGCGUCCUUCUCCGUUGUCAAGCCGGGGCAGGCAGCGGCCCCAGAUGGUAUUGCUGUUUGUUCGUGAGCACCGGUUACAUGCAAACACACUAGUGACAUUCCAGGGGAGUUCGUUUGGUUUGCAACAACUUUACGCCACUAUAUUACGUGUAUGUAUCUGCAGGUAUGAAAGAAGACGGUCAAUUAGGAGUAUAUAAUGUUCGCACAGGAAUGUGCUAUAGGAUAUAGGGAGUAUGAUCUUCCAAAGUAGGAGGUUUUCAUGGCGUUUAGCGUGAGGAUUUGUGCAUUGAAGAGUUUGUUUUUGCC